ACACUGAAUGAUCCAGACCAGAUUAUCCCAAGCUGGCUACUUCGAUCUGUCGAUACUGGCCCCGAGAGUAUCGUACGAAUACGGUCCUGAAAAUGUAAAAAAAAGUUUGACAGCUAUCCGAUACGAUUCGAUUUUGUUUUCCGUCGUUGUUCUAUUGUUUUUUCGAUAUCGAAACAAAAAAUCAAGCGCGGUUUUUAUGUAACGAUCUUAUAGAAGUAUUUUUUCGAGAAAGUGUGUAUGUUUUUUUGGAAUAUAGGAUUAAUUUAACUUAAGGGGUAUUUUCGAUUUACUCGACAUUAUGUCUCCGACAGCUACUCUGUUCAACCAACCUUCUCAGCUAUCACCUUCAUUUUCUUCACUGAAUCGCCAUGCCAGGCAACAAGAUUAUGGAAGUUCUGGAUCUGCAAAUUCACUAUUUACUCCGUCCUAUGCCGCUACAACUCCAACGAAUUGGUACCAAUACCAAAGUAAUGAGCCAUAUCAGGCAAAAUUACUCAGUCCAACUUGGGGAUCGCCGUUUUCACCGGGACACACUCAGUAUUCGUACAAUCUCUACAGCAACCUGGCCAACCUCAGCAACCUGAACAAUUUAAACAGCAUGAGUCACGCGUACGCCAAUGACGUGAUCGAUCUAACAGAACAGUUGGCAGAACUGGCACUAGACAGGAAACCGAUCAAGAGGCCGCCAUCUUCAUAUUUGUGUCAUUUGUGCUUCCAGAAGGGACAUUAUAUUAAGGACUGUCCACAGGCCCGUCCAAAAGGCGAAGGAAAAACUCCAUACCAAGGAAGAAAAAGAUGUUUUGGUGAAUAUAAAUGUCCCAAAUGCAAACGGAAAUGGAUGUCCGGAAACUCUUGGUCAAACAUGGGUCAAGAGUGCAUCAAGUGCCAUAUCAACGUCUAUCCACACAAACAGCGACCGUUAGAGAAGCCAGAUGGUCUGGAUGUUUCGGACCAAUCGAAGGUUCAUCCUCAACAUUUGUGCCAAAAAUGCAAAGAGCUUGGAUAUUACUGCAGACGAGUACAAUAAGAAGAAAUCUAUUAAACCAAAGGCUUUAUUAUUUUUAUUGUUUUUUUAGAGAUACUUGAAAAUUUAUUUUUUAUUUUUAUACUUUUGUUUUUUUUAUUAUUAUUUGCAUCUGCAUUUUGUUGCCAUAUUGUUUUAGUAUUAUUUGCUAGUACUUAUGUUUUCAUCUAAUUAUUUUCAUUAUGGGGACAUAUUCCGAAAAACUAUCUGCUUUUAAUAUUAUUCUCAUCAGGAAUAUGAUCCCAUAUAUUACUCACUAGAUUUUUCCUAAAAAUAAAAUCUAAAACAUU